ACCACACUACUGCUAAUCAGUUAGUUACAAGUGGCAUACUUAUACAGCUGUGCCUAUGUGUGCUUAAAGUGAUCGAAAAAUAAUGCGAUUCAUAAAGGAGUUUUGAUAUAUUGACAAAAUUACAUGGAUAAUGAAAACGUUGAAUAACCAGGAAGGAUAGAGGAUAAUGUUACGAAGUACUAAAUAUAAUUCAAAUUAUUUAAUGCAAAUAUGAAAUACAAAUUAAGGAAAAAAUAUUAUAAAUAUGAGAACGUAAACUUGCCAAACACAUCAUGGAGAGUUUCAACGAAAACCAUGCUUGUAGCUCUCCUUGGGCUAAGUUGUUUCGUCACUGGGUACUUCUACCCACGCUGCGCUCCCUCAGACCUCGUCCCUAAACUUGAGAAACCACAAAAAUCUGAUAACUAUGUAAAAAAUAUGGGAUUGAUUAAAAAAUUACAUAAGGAACUAAACGUAAAAUACAUUCUACUCUGGACACCUCAAAACUACGCGCCAUUUUAUUUCUUCAAGGAGGGCAACAGAAUAUUUAUCGAGAACAAAUGCGCUUGGACGUCGUGCUACGUGACCGCCAAUAGAAAUCUGCUCGGCGAGGAUGUAAGCAAAUUCCAUGCGAUCGCUUUCAAUGGCCGGAGCAAUAACAUUGAUCCCCCGAAGGCCAGGUUGCCGCGACAGAAGUACGUCUUCUUCAACAUGGAGUCGGCGGACAACUAUCCAGUUUGCAGCAGCAGAUGGGACGGUUUCUUCAACUGGACGGCGACGUACAGACUCGACUCGGACAUCCCCUUCCCUUAUAUCCAAAUCAGGAACCAAAAAGGAGAGGUGGUUGGACCGAAACCAAACAUGAAGUGGCAGGACGCCGAAUCCGAUGCAGGAUACGAUUUCAGACAGAACAAAACGAAGGCCGUCGCUUGGUUCGUCUCCAAUUGCAAAAGCAGGAGUGAUCGUAGACGGGUAGCUGCUGAUUUGGCGGAGGCUUUAAAGAUGUAUGGAUUGACGGUGGACAUCUACGGGUCGUGUGGGGAUCACACGUGUCCGAGGUUCGACGAGAAGUAUGAUUGUGGCAAUGUUCUGAAAAGGGAGUACUUCUUUUACCUAUCGUUUGAGAACUCGUUCUCGGAGGACUACGUGACGGAGAAGCUGCUGACGGCGCUGCAGCACGACGUGGUGCCGAUCGUGCUGGGCGGCGCUGAUUACAGUCAGUUCCUGCCACCGGGGUCCUAUUUGAACGCAGGGAACACAAGUUCGGAAGAUUUGGCGUCUGCUAUAGACAGACUGAUACGGUCCCCGAGCGAAUACAACAAGUUCUUCAGAUGGAAGACCCUGUAUCGGUACCGGGACCCGUCCACCACUGACAGCGUGUGCGCGAUGUGUGCUGCCCUCCACAAUCACACGCUCCUCACACACCGCACCAGCUACACCAACUUUAGACAAUGGUGCUACCAAAAUAAUAAUGUCCCCGAAGAUCUCAUUAAGGAAGCUCUCGAUAACGUCGCUAAGGACGUCAGAUAUACUGCCAUUUACAGAAAAAUUGACAAGCUACCGAAAGAUAUGAAAUAUUUGCUGUUUUGGACGCCAGUGGAGUAUGCGCCUUUAUAUUAUUUCAAGGACGGUCAGAGGGCGUUUAUAGACAAAAAUUGCUCCGACAUAAACUGCUAUGUUACGAGCGAUAGGAAUUUAUUCAAGGGCGAUCUCAGCCGAUUCGACGCUAUCGGGUUCAACGGACGCACUAUGUACGAGAGACGGGAUUCCGGGCUAGAACUCCCGAGUUCGCGCUACAGUCACCAGAAGUAUAUUUACUUUAAUCUGGAGUCAGCGGACAACUAUCCAAUCUGCAACAGCGAGUGGGACGGUUUCUUCAAUUGGACGGCGACGUACAGACUCGAUUCGGACAUCCCUUUUCCUUAUAUUCAAAUAAGGAACCAAGGAGGGGAGGUAGUCGGACCGAAACGAAAUAUGAAGUGGCAGGAGUACUCCGAUUCCGAAGAGUUAAUUGAUUACAGGCAGAACAAAACGAAGGCCGUCGCUUGGUUCGUUUCGCACUGCAGCAGCAGGAGUGGCCGAAAAUUAUUUGCAAACCAUAUUCAAAAGGAAUUGAAGAAUUAUAAUUUAAAAUUAGAUAUUUACGGAAGCUGCGGCCCACUCAAAUGUCCGAGACACACUGAUCAUUGUAUGAGGAUGUUGGAGAGGGAUUACUUCUUUUACCUGUCGUUUGAGAACUCGUUCUCGGAGGACUACGUGACGGAGAAGCUGCUGACGGCGCUGCAGCACGACGUGGUGCCGAUCGUGCUCGGCGGCGCUGACUACAGUCGGUUUCUACCACCGGGUUCCUAUCUGGACGCACUAGAGACUAGUCCUCGCGAAUUGGCCGCCAAGAUCAACGACAUCAUGAAUUCCCCGAGCGAGUACAACAAGUUCUUCAGAUGGAAGACCCUGUACCGGUACCGGGACCCGUCCACCACUGACAGCGUGUGCGCGAUGUGUGCUGCCCUCCACAACCACACGCUCCUCACACACCGCACCAGCUACACCAACUUCAAGCACUGGUGGAACCCCUUCUACGUGCAGAGGUGUAAGCCUGUUGACUGAAGCUCCGUCCUUAACAACUGCAGAUGUUACACUGUCUAAUUUUCGAGCAGCAGUUGCAUCUGAGCAAAUAUAUGUUAAUUUCUGGUUUGACAUUAAAAUCGUAACACUUCUAUGAUAGAUAUUACUCAAUACUUAGACGAGGUAAUCUUAUUACCAAUUAGAACCAAAUAUACAGGGUGUAAUAAAAACAAGUG